AUGGCGUCACCGGCGCGGGACGAGUGCGCACUGCGUCGCGUCGGGCCUCGGACGUCGGACCCGUGGGGAGGCCGAGGAGUGGGCGUGGGCGACGCGGGCGUGGGCGUGGACGACGUGAGCGCGGGCGGCGUGGGCGUGGGCAACGUGGGCGUGGGCUGCUGCUCCGCCGCCAUCUACGAGGCGCCCGGCGACCCGCCGCUCGGCCCGCACGCCGCUGCGGUUUCGGCUGCAACAGGUCACAUCGUUACAUCUCGGCACUCCGUAACCGACAUUGUUAAAAUAUACAUUGAACGUGUCGCUAUAAAGGAACAU